UAUUUACAUUGCAAUUGCCGAUUGAACUACAGAAGUAUCUUCAAUCCCUGCAAUGGCGACGGUCACGUUCUCCCUAUCCGCUAAAACCCUAACCCUACCAUCCCACCCUAAAACUCCAAUCUUCAACCAAGUAAGGAACGUUGGGUUCUUGAGGAGGGUCCCCAGUAGUGGCAGCGUGGUUGGGAGGCGGAAGAGCGUGAUUCUCGGGGCUUUGGAUGGAGAAUACUCGUCGAAGAGGAGUAGCAGCAGCGAACAGAGAGAGACCAUUAUGCUUCCCGGUUGCGACUACAACCACUGGCUCAUUGUCAUGGAGUUCCCCAAGGAUCCUGCUCCCACCCGCGAGCAGAUGAUUGACACUUACCUUAAUACCCUCGCCUCCGUCCUUGGAAGCAUGGAAGAGGCAAAGAAGAACAUGUAUGCCUUUAGCACCACCACCUACACAGGAUUCCAGUGCACUGUUGACGAAGCAACAUCUGAGAAAUUCAAGGGGUUGCCUGGUGUUCUUUGGGUGCUGCCAGACUCGUAUAUAGAUGUUAAAAACAAAGACUAUGGAGGUGACAAAUACAUAAAUGGGGAGAUCAUUCCUUGCAAGUACCCCACCUAUCAACCAAAACGUAGUAGCGGACCAAAGAAUGAGAGCAGAAGGUAUGAGAGAAGGAGAGAUGGCCCUCCUCCUGAGCGCAGAAGGCCAAGACAAGAGGCAGCUGCCUCAGAUUCUGCCUCUACAUGAGGUAAUUUUUCAGUUUUUUUCUCGAGUAAUGCCAAAUGAAAGCAGCUCCUUAUCAUAUGCCACUUCAUUUAACCAACUAGAAGAUUAAGGCAUUAAGCUUUUGUUGGAUUUUCAUGAGAUAUAUACAAUUGGACUUGCCAGGUUACUCAGCCCAUCUCGAGGAAUAUGUGUUCUUGGACUAUGAGGUGACAUGUAAGAUGGGUGUUGGGUAUAUUUGUGUAAUUGUGUGUAAUCUGGUAUUCGUUAUAUCGACCCGUUUUUGGUGCUAUGAUAAGUCUUUUAUAGAUUCAUGGCAAGUGACAAAUAGGAACUGUACUAUUUAGUGUGCAUAUUUAGCUUCUUGACAUUAAAUGGCCGAUCAAUGAUGUUUUAAUUUUGCUA